GGCGACUGUGUUUCUGGCCGGCCGGAGCUCGGACUGUCGGGCCCGUCACGCUCCUGCCUCUGCCUCGAGGCCGGCCAGCAUGGACACAUUUGGUACCGACGCGGACGCGGCGUCUCAUUGGCCGGACUGGCCGGCCCGCCCGACCGGUGGGACUCGAGCCGAGCUCGACUGCGCAACACCUCCGCGCCCCUCCUCGACGGACUCGUCGGCGUCGCGGCGUCCAAGAGCCGAUCCGUCGAGCUGGACGACGCCGGUCAGCUGACCGGCUCCAGAGCCAGUCUCUCCGUCGACAACUCGUCGAACGACGGCGACGGCGACGGCGACGGCGACGGCGAGGCGAGGCUGCCGGCGGCCAAACUGGCCGGUCGGGCGAUCUCGGCGAGUCGGUUCAACUUGAACCAGAUCUCGUUGGGCCUCGUCGCGGCGCUGCACGACCGUUGCCGCGGCAAGUCGCUCAACCUGCCCGUGAACACUUGCAUACACUGUCUGUUGCUGGAGCAACAGCAACAGACGCGCCUGCUCCGGCAACGCCUCAACAUGUACACCAAAUCGGCCGCCGCCGACUCGGUCGACGAGAGUCGCCUAAGACACCAGCCCGCCCGACAGACGCGUCUACGUCCGCGAGUCUCGCCGAAGCGUGUCAGCCGGUCGACCGACUCGCUCAACGUCGACGUCGCCAGUCGGCGUCGUCUUGCGCCCCUCGAGCCGGUCGGCCCGACCGCGUCGCCGUCGCCGUCACCGUCGUCGUCGGCGUUCGCGCACAACCGCCGGCCGGCCAGUCGAAGUCCUCUCGCCGUCGCCUUGGUUCGUGCCGCCUCAGCAACUGCCCACUGGGCCUCGAUUGCCGCCACCACCUCCGCGUCCGCCUACCACAACCUGCCCUCCAACCUCAACGGCGCCAACGGCGACGGCGACGGCGACGGUACCAGGUCGCAGCCCUGCUUGGCCUCGGAGGCGUCGGCUCGGCGACGUCUGAUCGACUCGACGGCCCAUCUCUGCUCCGUUUCACCGUCUUUCUCCAAAUGCCUCGUCGUCAUGACCAGCCCCGGCGGUCGUCGCCUUUCCGCCUCCACGUCGACCAGCAGCCUCAACGUCACCUCUUCGGCUGCGGCCACAGCCAAUCCGACGCAGGACACGUCUGACGAGGUCAACGUCGACUACGGCGACGAUGGCGACGUCUCCUCUUGCAGCUCACUCCGUCGGCCGCACUCGCUUUCUCGAACCGCCUUUGUCGACGGGAUCGGACGUCGAAACUCCUCGCCCUCGCCCUCGUCCUCCUCUUCCUUCAGCUCCUCCUCUUCCUCCUCCUCCUCCUCCUCCUUCUGUCCCUCCUCCUUCUCCUCCUCGUCGUCGUCCUCCUUCUUUCCGACUCCAUCGUCGACUCGUCAAUUCCUCCUGUUGCGUCGCAGUCGUCGUUGUCGUCGCCGUCGUCAUAGUCGUCGCCUUGGCGCCACGGACCAUCCUCCGCAAUCGGCGCUCUCAAUCGGCAUGUCGUCAACCGACCGUGGCGUCAGAGGCAGCCAGACUCGCUCUCAGUCGGCCGACGACCAAUCGGUCAGACGGUCGUCAACGCGACGAGCCAAAAUGAGUCCCACGAGUCCCGCCAGCCCCGGCCUCGACGGUCUCGAGCCGCCGGCGCAGGCGGGACCAACUUUCCGGUCGAGUGGAGCUCGUGUCCUGCCGCAAUUGGUCAAACCGAAGCGUCACUUUCUUCACGUGCCCUCGACGCCGGAAACGCGUCGCGGUUCCUUCAGUCCCGACGAACAGCCGACUCCCGUCGCCUCGAGUCCCGCACCGUCCGAGGCGCGCGACAAGCCUCGAGCCGUCUCGCUUGACGUCACCUCGCCGGUUCGUCUGACCGACUCGACAAAAGCGUCGUCUGGACGACAAUCCUCGGUCGGAUUCGAUGCCGAUGAGUCGACGCCAGGUUGGGCGGUAAGAAGGGGUCAUCGACGAAAGCGGACCAACGUCUAUCCUCUGCCUUUCGGAGGUGACGAUUUAUCCGAGCUCCGCCGGCCAUUUUCACCCGCUUCUGUACCUCGAUUUGACGUAGAAACGGAAACAAUGUGA